CUGACCACAAAAUUAACAAAUGUUUGACGUAACAAUUUUUUUUUUUAAAUGAUGAAUAGCAUUUUAAGUUCUAAACGGAUUCGUUACUCAUUUUAACAUCACAGAACAUGUAUGAUGCAUAACUGAACUGGUAAACCAAACUAAUAAAUGUUGUUUAUAAAAUCAAAAUCAAAGACUUCCCAUUAAUUAAAGUCAAAGAGAUCGCACCGUUUCUAGGAAGUGAGUUAAAACGAAAACAUAUGUGUGGGAAACUGAAAUCCAGAAGAAUUCUAUAUCUCUCAGAUUUAUUUCAUAUUUUCUUCUUCUAAUUCAGUCUCAGAUUUCAUUCUUCUUUUUAUACAAGUUAUUAGUCUCAGAUUUAUUUCUUUAAAUCUAUUUUCUAGACAAAAAAAGUUAUUUACAAUUUAGUUAAUAAAUCCUCAAAAGAUAAUUAAAUCUUAGACUCCUCUUUGAAUAGUGAAGUGCCCGUAACAUUCGCACGUCAAGUCCAGAGAAGAUUUAAGAAACCAGGUCUUAUAAGUUUUUGAUUUUUCCCAUUGUCAUCCCAUCUUUAAAAUGUGUUUUGAUUGGUCGAAUAUAGAACGAGAGGGUCUUUCUUAUUUUCAGAUAUGUCUUUUCCGAACUAUUUUUAUGAUAGGCUAAUACUUGUGAUCACGUUUUACGAUUUGUGAAUCCCUCAUUUUUCGUUUCCCUCAUCGACUAUUUUGGGAUAAAUUCAAAUUCGAAUUCUUAUUUUUUUCUCACAGAGUUAACGAUGAAUAUUUAAAGUUAUAUCAAUCUCCAUUUGUGAAUAUCCUUGAUGAUGAUCCCACAAGAGCUUGUUACGUUGACCUAAUUUUUUUAUUUUACGUAACCUUCCGUUUUUUCAGAUUCUCUAUGAAAAGACUAUUCAAUGGCGUUUUCAAACUCAGAAAGGAGAUGGAUAUUUCCUCUAGCAAUGGCUUCUCUCAUGUUCAUAUUCCUCACAGCUGCAUCCUUCAACAUGGGUCUCCUCUCUUCCGUGCGUUCCAUUAACUCACUCAUCUUCUCCUCAAAUCUAUCACCCUCCAACGAAACAACCGUCGAGUUCGUAGAGUCAAAGACCAACAACCACUCCUCUCCUCCUCCUCAUGUACAGUCUAGUCCUCGCUUUGGUUAUCUAGUUUCAGGUUCGAAAGGUGACUUAGAGUCUCUAUGGAGAGUGUUACGAGCAUUGUACCAUCCGAGAAACCAAUACGUUGUUCAUCUCGAUCUCGAGUCUCCUGCUGAAGAGAGGAUCGAGCUGGCUAAACGCGUGAGAGAAGAUCCUGUGUUUAACGACGUUGGGAAUGUUCAUAUGAUCACAAAGGCUAACCUCGUUACGUAUAGAGGACCAACAAUGGUGGCUAAUACGCUUCAUGCAUGCGCCAUUCUAUUGAAGAAGAGUAAAGAUUGGGAUUGGUUCAUCAACCUCAGCGCCUCGGAUUAUCCUCUAGUGACUCAAGAUGAUCUUAUUCAUACAUUCACCGGGCUGGACCGGAACCUCAACUUUAUCGACUACACUAGCAAACUAGGCUGGAAAGCAGAGAAGCGAGCAAAGCCUCUGAUCAUAGACCCGGGGCUUUACUCGACGAAGAAAUCAGAUGUCUUCUGGGUUACACCACGUAGAACCAUGCCAACUGCUUUCAAACUCUUCACUGGUUCUGCUUGGAUGGUCUUAUCACGGUCCUUCGUAGAAUAUUGCAUUUGGGGAUGGGACAAUCUUCCACGGACACUUCUAAUGUAUUACACCAACUUCCUCUCCACACCAGAAGGAUAUUUCCAAACCGUUAUAUGCAACACACCAGAGUAUUCGAGCACGGUGGUUAACCACGACCUUCAUUACAUCUCCUGGGACCGUCCUCCGAAACAGCAUCCUCGGACGCUCAACAUCAGCGACACGGAGAGGAUGAUUGCAAGCGGAGCUGUGUUCGCCCGCAAGUUCAAACACGAUGAUCUUGCUUUAGACAAGAUUGAUAUAGAGCUGCUAGGUAGAGGAGGUAAUGGUGGGAACUUUACACCAGGUGGUUGGUGUGCAGACAAACAUAAAUGCUCCAAGGUCGGUGAUCCGUCAAAGAUCAAUCCCGGUCCUGGAGCUAACCGGUUACAGGAGCUUGUUAGCAGACUUGUUUCGGCAUCUAAAGUGGAUCAAAGGAAAUGUAGAUAGGCUCUCUCAAUACACUGGCAGCUGAAUGCUUUUAGAGGCUAAUUUUUUUGUUUUUAGAUGUUUCAUGUUUAAUGUGACUAAAUAAUAUACACCAACUCACUUCUCUUCA